AUGGGUUCUUCUACGGGAAAGGUUGUGGAGGACGCUCUUUACAAUUUUGUGAGCAAAUGUUCAUAUGAACAGUAUGUAGAAGGUAUUUUCACAGAGGACGAAUUUAAUGAAAUCAAGGCAUAUAACAGUUGUGAUUUGCCAGAAAUUCUGGAAGACCUUCUUGGUUAUUUAAUGACAUUUGCAAGCUGA